AUGGUUAUUGAAUGGAUUGCAUAAUAUAAAAAAUUGAUUAAGAAAUAAUCGAGAUUUGUAAAAUAUUUAAAAAAAUAGAUAUUUAUAUUUGAUUGCAUGAGCAGAAAAGAAUAAGACAUCAAAAGAUUGAUUGCUUCACAAUGCCACGUUGGAACAAAACAACUUCAUUUUGACAUGAAGAGAUAUGUAUCUCAUAGAAGUGAUAAUGGUUCAUACAUUCUCAAUUUAGAGGAAACCUGGUAACACAUUAAGUUGGCUGCCAGAGUUAUUGCUGCAAUUGAAUAACCUCAAGAUGUGAUGGUUGUUUCAUCAAGACCAAUUGGUUAAAGAGCAGUCAUUAAGUUUGCUCACUACACAUAGGCCAGUUCAACAAGAUCAGCAAGAUGGACACCAGGUACAUUGACCAAUCAAUCCAACAGUGCCAGUGGUAAAUUCUAAGAACCACAAUUGUUGAUUGUCACCGACCCACAUUUGGAUAGAUAAGCUAUUGUUGAAGCCUCAUACGUCAACAUUCCAGUCAUUGCCUUAACCAACUCUGACACUCCAUUAUAAUAUGUUGACAUUCCCAUCCCAGUCGGAAACAGGGAAACAAAAUCCAUUUCAAUGAUCUAUUGGUUGUUGGCAAGAGAAGUCAAAAUAUUAAGAGGAGAAUUGAAUAAAGAUGAAGAAUGGGAUGUUUUGGUUGAUUUGUUCUAUCACAAGGAAAUUACCAAUGAUUAAUUGGGCAUCACAGACAAUUAAGUCAAAUAAGAAGCUGAAGAUCAUGAACAAUAAGCUGAAGGCGAAAAGGCAGAGAAAGACUGGUGAUAAAAUAUAUUAAUAUUAUGUAAAGUACAUGUACAAGGAAUGCGUUUAAAUUUAUUAAAUUA